AACACUCUGAAUGGACUAAGCACAUGUGAUGCUGCUACUUCACGAAUAAACCGGAAAAAAGAAAUCAUGGGAGACUUUGAUGGUCAUGGUUCGAGAAAUGGGUGUACCAGUCAUGACUUGAAACUCAAAGAUGAGACGAAAGUGAAAUUCUCUGAGGAUGAAGAGAUGCUUAUCGCAAGAAUGUUUAAUUUAGUUGGACAAAGGUGGUCUUUGAUUGCUGGGAGAAUCCCUGGAAGGACAGCGGAGGAGAUCGAGAAGUACUGGCGAUCGAAACACAACUCGCCGUCGGAAAAUGAUACAUAAUCUUUAGGUCCGACAUAAUCUUACUGUUUAUCGUAUGUUAUAGUCAUGUUUGAGGUGUUACGUCUUUAUGCAUGGUAAAUGAGUAAUGUGACCGUCCAACCAUUUAUGAUUA